CAUUUGUGCAGAAGUGCCAACGCACGUGAGCGAAAAACAAGCAGCUCUCGACGUAGUUGUUGUUUUUCAGCUGACACAAUUUCUCAAACCAAAGAUGACCUUUUGAAAAUUAUUGUAAGUCUCGCAUCAAAAAUAAAAAUGGGUAACAGCCAUGGGCACAAUGGAAGCAGCAAGCACAAAUCAUCAUCACAGUCUUCCACUGAUAGUACCUCAAGAAAAUCCUUUUCGAAAAGCAUAUCAGUGACCGAUAUUCAAGACAAGCACUUCACCAACUUUGAAUCCGUGACCAAAUUGGCUAAGAUUUUAUCCAAUAAAACUUUAGCUGAAGAACAUGUGUCGGGCAUUACUCUCAAUGUCUUUACUAAAUACCUGUUUCCAAGGUAUCAAGUUCUUGCAUUGAAAUUGUUCAAUUACUUUCAAAAGUUAUCUAAAUCCAACAAAGAUUACUUGGAUACUCACGCCUUCACAGAACAAUGCGCAAAAUACUUACAGGUACUAGACGAUUCUACAAUGAGUGAUAUUCUGGUCAAGAUGUUUUCUAUUGAAAAUCAAGAUAACAACAACGAAACGAUAACUCCAGAUUUGUUAAAGAUGCUACUCAUGUCCUCUUAUCAUAUUAGCAUGGAUCAUUAUUCGGAAGGACCUCAGUCUUGUUAUUUUUUACAUCAAACUUUAAAAGCCAUCGUCGAUAGCUGCUUCCACGUGAAAAACUCCCUAUCCACCAGUUACGUGUCCCACUGGCUGCAAUCGAACUGCCCCAGAUUGCUACAACCUGUCCACAGAUUCAUCGUUCACACUUUGGCGACCGCGUACAGGACUUUACAGGAGAAAAACGAAAUCGACCUGGUCACUGGUCUGGACUCUAACGAUUCUUUCGAACAAGGUAAACAAAGACCUAGUCUCGAGCUGGCGACGCCGGUCCUGGAAAAGACGUCCCCGUUCGCGGGCAACUCCACGUCCCUCGCCAACGGCAAGAACACCCCGCCCUACACCCUGAACAUGAGCCUCAGCUGGUUGUUGGCCAGCGCCUUGCCCCCCCUCUACUCGAUGCCCCAGAAGGCCAACUCUCCGGAGGGCAGCUCCAACGGCCUGUCCAGCAUGGUGUUCUUGUCCAAGAUGUUGAGCUCCAUCCCCUCCCACUGGGUGCUCAUAUACGAUUCCAACCAGCACGGCCUGGGGGCCAACAGAUUCUUGCACCAUACGUUGGCCUACAAGGGUCCCACCCUGGUGAUGUUGAAGACCAAAGAGGAGAGCGUCUUCUGCGUGGCCUGUCCGGACGAAUGGCACGAAUCGCACCAGUAUUGGGGACGCGAGGAAUCCGCCCUGUAUCAGCUCCUGCCCAAGUUCAGCCUCAUGGAGAAGGGACCGAAGAUGCUGUACCUCAACUUCACGGCGCGCGGCUACCCGCACGGACUGAGGGUGGGCAGCAACCCCAGGAGCCCCGUCAUCUCCAUAGACGGCGGCUUCGAAAAGAUUGAGUAUAGCAAGAUACCAGACAAGUUGCUGAGGGUGGAGGUUUGGGGCUGCGGCGACUCGGUGAGUAGGGAUCGUCAGCUGGAAGUGAAGAAGUGGGAGGUUAGGGAGGCGGAGAAACAGAGGGUGGUCAAACUGUCGGCCGCCGAUUGGAUCGAUCAUCCCGAUCGUUACCUGUUGGAGUUGGCGGGCAGGCCCCAGUACGCAACGAAAUGAAGAUAUAGAUAGAUCGUUUAUGUAAUUUUUUUUCGCUAUUUCAGAGUAUCAAAGAUUUUUUCCGCGUCCGGUCUACUUGGCUGUUUUUCGAGAUGAGCCGGUUUAUUUUUAUAACGAAAUUUUCUACCAGUUUAGUACUUACGGAAGAUUAGGUGCUUAUACUUAGAUGGAGUACUUAGCUAUUUAAUUUGUGAUGAUCAUUUAUAGGAAAAAUUUAGUGCCUACAAACCAGAAUGUGCCAAUUGAAGAAAAAAAAAAAGAAUUUGUUCCUCAAUUUUAUUAAAUUGCAUCAUUCCUAAGGCUCAAAAUGAAAGAAAGGCGGUAUAAGGCUUUGCCGGUACAUUUGUAGAACUUACGAAUUUCGCGGCAUAUUUCGUUACAAUGAAUUAUUUUUCUUUAAUUUGGGACCUUAACACAUAUGUAUACUUGUUUUAUUGUGAUACUUUUCUGAAAUUAUUUAAUCAUCUUGAUAGUUGUUCGAAAAUCUCCAGUUUUUUAUCAUCCCGAGUAGUGUGUUCUUACCGAUUAAUUUUUUAAGGUAUUUUUAUUUAUUUUUCGGCGCCUUGAUGGACAAAUAUGAUGAUUAAAAUAUGACUGAUAUGGAAAAAUAUAUUUUUGUCGCCAUCGGGCGACUUUUUAUUUAAUUUCUUGAAAAAGGCAGAUUAAUUUUAUCACUAGGUUACUUAUUUAAUUUAAUUUUCAAUUUAUUAUUCCUUUUACAUUUUGUAGCAUCUAAGUGCAAUUAUAUCGAAAACCGGAGUGAUGCUCAUAAUUACCAUAAGUUUCCACAUGAAGAAAUUUUGUCUAGACCAUUUUAUUCGUUAAUAAUAAAGAUGAUUCAGUUGAAA